AUGACUCUUUUUGUCCUCCUGGCCAUUCUGUGUUUGGGAGUAGCCACAGCUGCUCCAUCAUCUGAUAUCAGUUUGGAUUCUGAAUGGCAGGAGUGGAAGACAAAAUAUGGAAAAAACUACAGCCUGGAGGAAGAAAGACAGAAGAGAACAGUAUGGGAAGAAAACAUGAAACUGGUCAAACAGCACAAUAUGGAAUAUAGCCAAGGGAAGAAUGGCUUCACCAUGGAAAUGAAUGCCUUUGGUGACAUGACUGGUGAAGAAUUCAGGAAAAUGAUGACUGAUAUUCCAGUCCAGACUCUUAGGAAAAGGAAAAGUAUCCAGCAACGUAUGGUCAGUUAUGUACCCAAAUUUGUAGAUUGGAGUAGGAGAGGCUAUGUGACUCCUGUGAAGAGACAGGGUAUAUGUAAUUCUUGUUGGGCUUUUUCUGUGGCUGGUGCCAUAGAAGGACAGAUGUUCCGAAAAACAGGCAGACUGGUCUCACUGAGUCCACAGAACCUUGUGGAUUGCUCUAGACCUGAAGGCAAUCUGGGAUGUUAUGAAGGGAAUACUUACUAUGCUUUAAAGUAUGUAAAGCAUAAUGGAGGUCUGGAGGCUGAGGCAACCUAUCCAUAUGAGGCAAAAGAAGGACGCUGCAGGUACCGUCCUGAACAUUCUGCUGCUAGAGUCACAGACUUUGUGUUUGUCUCAAAGAAUGAGGAAGCCUUAAUGCAUGCUGUAGCAACUAUAGGGCCCAUCUCUGUUGGAAUUGAUGCUAGACAUGAAUCUUUCAAGUUGUAUAGGGGAGGUAUUUAUUAUGAGCCAAAUUGCAAGAAUGAUGUCAUCAAUCACUCUGUUCUGUUAGUUGGGUAUGGCUAUGAAGGAAGAGAAUCAGAUGGCAGGAAAUAUUGGCUGAUAAAGAACAGUCAUGGUGAAAGAUGGGGCAUGAAUGGCUACAUGAAGAUUGCCAGAGACAGGAACAACCACUGUGGAAUUGCUACAUAUGCCAUCUACCCCAGAGUGUAA